AUGCGGGCCUCCGUGAUGUCGGAUGGACCUGUCACCGGUGACCUGCAAGAGUUUCAUUAUGAACUGCGCAUCGUUUUGCCUCCGACGGCGCCCGCUCAGGAAGUGCUGGAUUCCUUGAGAUCUGCUGGACAUGAGCUUCUGCCACGGGGACCUGCUCACAUUUCAUUGGGUGAAUUUACCUCAUGUGCGUCUGAGGAGAGCGCCAAGUUGGCUCUCUUGGCUGCUGUUUGUCGUGAAGCUCUCCCGGGUGGCUGCUCCUUUCACGUCCACGGCCCGCAGCGGCGCCGCUCGCGGCGUGGUGCCUCGCAGGCCUUCUUCUUGCCGGUGGACUUGGCCACGAAUAGCUGGUCGAAAGUCAAGAGCUUCGAGAACCUGAAGUUCCUCCAGAUGAAGGCCCAGAACUUCCACAUCUCCAUGGGUCGAGGGGUUUCGCUGCCGGAGAUGGAGAGUUGGGAAGGCUCUUGGGAUCAGCUGUCCGUGAUCAAGUUGGAUGGGAAGAAGACCCGGAACUUCCUGGAUUCCUGGGACUUCGCUUUGGGCGCCGAUCGCUGCCGAUCUGCUGGCACCCCAAUGGCGGAUUCCGAAAAAAGGAUGGGGCACCGGGCACCGCGCAAACGGAGGAGUUUUUGGACUUCAGAACAAAUCGCAGUCACAAGAAUCGCAGUGCUGUCCUUUUUGACAACUCUUCCAUAUAUGAGUUUUCCUACGUUUCCUUGA